GCAGAUACACACACCCAUAUGCAGACAGACAGACAGACAGACAGCCAGACAGACAGACAGCCCACACAGCAUGCAAGAAUGAAUGGAUUCUCCGGCCGUCCGUUCCGUCCAGCUAUGCUAUCCACCCACCCAUCCCUCGAUAUAUCCACAAGGUGUGAUGUGUGUAUCUGUCUGUUUUGCGACACGUGCGAAGCAAGCCAACGUGUGAGAGGGAUUGUGUUGGUGUCGACACACUUGCAGCCAUGCCAUGCCAUGGGUGCGGUGGACAGGGAGAGAAAAGGAAAGGGAGACAGCCAGGCGCAUGGCAGGCAGGCAAACCAACCAUAAUGUUGGCAUCUUGAAAGACACACCACAGCCAGAGGAUCCAUAGGAUGCUUAGUUGUCCUACACACACACGGGGGAGGUCAGCCAGACAGAGGGCAGGCAGGCGGUACGCAGACAGACAGACAGAGAGAGAGACGGACAGACAAGACAGGCCAACUCACACCCACCCCCCUCCCUCCCUCCGAUACGGCCCAGCUACGACCGCCCCCUUGUCACUCACUCCACCGCACCGCAUCCAUUCCCCCCCCCCUCACCCACUCGCGCCUACACACUCGUGAAGUCCUUGCCCCAGCAGAAUUUGGACCCGCUAAUGAAGAGGAAGACAUACGGGUUCACUUUAUCUGGUUCCGACGAGUACGCUAUUUUCGGCCGUUCGCCCUGGUCCGUGGUCUUGUGGCACUUGGCCGCCAGAUCGUCGUCGGAGGCGCAGACGCCGUAAAAGCGCACCGUGCCGCCACGAUUCUCGGCCGUGUGGAUCACGCAGACGUCACCCGUGCCGCAAAACGACUGUCUCACACUGAAGUUGUCUGACAGCAAGCACGGUUUGACUGAAUUGCACAAGCCAUACAUAAUCCACACCAACACAAUGCAUAGUUCAUUGUCAGGGAGGAGGGAGGGAACAAGUGUUUGUUCCUGUGUGUGUACCCUGCUGCUGCUGGUGGGAUUCGGUUGCGGCUGUCAUUUGCAUCAUCGCGAUGCUAUGAGCCUUAUCGAUGGCUACGUUGAUGGCUUGGAUGGCCGAGUCGGUCAGCUCGUUGGCCGCAAUGGUCAGCUCGUUCGCCGCGGUGUUGAGCUUCAUGGCGGACUGGUAGAUGGCCCUGCCCAUCUGCAUCUGCUGCUGCACCAUCGACAACUCCACCGUCGACACAUCUGAAGGAACCACACAAGCCGAAAAGCAGCAACGACACACAAGAUGAGAUGGGUCAACAGAUCUGCCAUGUGUGUGGUCGGAUCGGUGCGGUGUGGCUUCCCUGUGGCUUACGUUGGCCAUGGGUGCGCUGGGCUGCCAGCAGCGGCUGCACAAUGGCCGCCAGGCCGACCACCAGGACAAUGCCGAAGCCAAAACGCAUCCUGAACGCAUCAUGGCGGAGCCGCAGACGUGAGAAACGAUUCGUACACCUGGCGACUUAAAGGGAAGAUCUCU